GGUGCUGCCAUCUCCUGCCUGGUGAUGGCAGUAAUGGUUUGAAAACCAAGAUGGUGAAGCCUCACUGAGGGUUCCGGGUUCGAAACCUCGCUCUAGGUUCAGUGGAAACCUCGCAGGGUUCAGCCAUGAGUGAGAUUCAUGCGGGUUUAGCGCAGCAGCUGCCACAGGACGUCAGGGAUAAGCUGGCGGAGCUGGACCUGGAGUUGUCAGAAGCAUGCCCGCAGGCUGCGCUGUACGCGCAACACAGCAGCGGUGCCGGGAGCCGCAGCCGCAGCAGUGAACACCGCAGUAUCACCACUCACGAACGGCGCUACCUGUCAGGUGGCCUGGCUGAGGCAGCCUCUCCAUCCACCCGCUCCAGACGGAGGGCACAGCGACGUGUGACUAGGAACGAAUCACGCUACCACUCAGAGGUGCGACAGGAGGCGGUGAAGGAGGCGCUGGCACAGUACCAGUCAAGACCCAAGAACCUGCCACUGCCAUCCAAGAGGUCAUCUGUCAUGACCUCCGUCAUGUCCUCCAGGUCACCAGACAGACACCACAGAGAUUCAGACUCCGAAGAUAGUGAUGAGGACAGUGUGACUGCCGAGGGCAGUGUAGGCAGCAGUGGAGGUCACAGUGGCUCUCAGGGGACUCCAGAGGUGACCAGGACACCUUUGUUACUGCCACCUCCACAGGUACCAGCCCACGGUGGUGGUGGUGGUACUCCUGGUAGUGGUAGUAGUAGCCACCACACUCCACCACCUCACCCACUACCACCCAAACAACAGCAACCACUACCACCUAUACCACCACACAGUUUAAGUAACGGCGGCGAAGAGGAACAGCGACGGAGACGCGAGACGUCUGACAUAACCGAUCUAAUGGCUAAUAUUACGUCAUUCUCACAGCCGCCAGACGUGACCAACAACACUGGAGGAGGGAACAGAGUGCCACGAGAUGACAGAAUCACCCGCUACUCUGGUCCACUUCCAGGCAGACAGUCUUCCUCAGAUGCUGAGACAGAGGGCUGGCGCGACGCUCUGUACCACUUUCCAGAGAACUGGCGAGGCACCGGCCGCUGGAAGGUCUCGAACAAGAUCCAGCAGCUACUCAACACACUGAAGAGGCCUAAGAGAAGACCACUGCCGGAGUUUUACCUUGAUGAUGAGGAGGACCUGGAGAUAGCGGCCAACCCUAAGGACCCUAACGCACCCAAACCUGAGGGCAUGGUGAUGACGCCGGCCAGGGGUGAACAGCUGGUGAUCCCAGCUGGGUUACCACGGUCAGUGGAAGAUGCUGUCUACCGCUACGGGUCAUCUUCCGGUUACAAGGCUCCCGUAGCUACCAUUCUUGACGCUAACGGCAAGCUGUCUGUCUCUCUUACAUAUGGUAAGCUCUUGAGUAGAAGUCAGAAGAUGGCCUACAACCUGUUGAGUCGUCUUGGUGGUCGUGGCGAGGGCACGGUCAUGCCUGGUGACCGUGUCGCCCUGGUCUACCCCAACAACGACCCUGUGUCGUUCAUGGGAGCGUUCUAUGCUUGUCUGCAGGCGGGGCUUGUACCCGUGCCCAUCGAAGUUCCUCUGUCCAGGAGAGAUGCUGGCUCCCAACAGAUUGGCUUCCUGUUGGGCAGCUGUGGUGUGUCUGUGGCACUCACCUCAGAAGCCUGUUUCAAAGGGAUUCCCAAAACAAGUGCUGGGGAAGUGGUAUCCUUCAAAGGGUGGCCUAAGCUCACUUGGUUCAUCACCGACCACUUACCUAAACCUCCGAAGGACUGGCAGACUCCACCUAGACACUCCGAUGACACUGCAGCUUAUAUUGAAUAUUGUACAGACAAGGACGGCUCGGUGAAGGGCGUAGUGGUGACGAGGACGGCCAUGUUGGCCCACUGUCGCACCCUCACGUCGGCCUGUAACUACACUGAGGGUGAGGUGGCCGUCUGUGUCCUUGACUUCAAGCGUGAGGUUGGACUGUGGCAUUCCAUGUUGUGUUCAGUGUUCAAUGGCAUGCACGUCAUCUUCAUCCCGUACUCCGUCAUGAAGGUGAACCCAGCCUCCUGGAUGCACAUGAUCACUAGAUUUAAAGCCAGUAUUGCCAUAGUGAAGUCACGGGACCUCCACUGGGGACUGCUAGCCACCAAAGACCACAAGGACGUUAGUCUUCAAUCGUUGCGACUGUUGCUGGUGGCGGAUGGUGCCAAUCCGUGGUCGCUGUCGUCAUGCGACCAGUUCCUGGCAGUCUUCCAGAGCAAAGGUUUACGACCAGAUGCUAUCUGUCCGUGUGCGUCUUCCCCCGAGGCUCUCACCGUCUCUAUCAGGAGGCCGGGUCAUGGAGGGGCCAACGCGGUGGGUCGCGGAGUGUUGAGUAUGCAAGGCUUAAGUUUUGGAGUGGUUCGUGUGGACCAGGAGAACUCCCUCACCUCCCUCACACUCCAGGACUGUGGCCAAGUUUUACCAGGAGCAAUGAUCAUAGUGGUCAAAUUAGAGGGCCAACCGUUCCUGUGUCGCACGGACGAGGUGGGAGAGAUCUGUGUGGCUGGGGGUGCGGUCGGUGACCAGUACUGGGGUCUACAAGGCAUGACCAACACCACCUUCAAGGUUCAGCCGCUUCUCCCAGAUAACACACCCAUGUCCGAGACCUCGUCCUUUGUCCGGACCGGACUACUAGGCUUCUUAGGUCCAGGUGGUCUAGUGUUUGUGUGUGGGUCUCGAGAUGGUCUGAUGACGGUCACUGGCCGUAAGCACAACACCGACGACAUCAUCGCAACUGUCCUGGCAGUAGAACCCAUGAAAUUUAUAUACCGAGGUCGCAUUGCCGUCUUCUCCCACAAGGUCCUGAGGGAUGAGAGGAUAUGUGUCAUAGCGGAACAGCGGCCAGACUGCUCCGAAGAAGAGAGCUUCCAGUGGAUGUCUCGAGUUCUACAAGCGGUUGACAGCAUCCACCAAGUGGGCAUCUACUGCCUGGCACUCGUACCUCCAAACCACCUGCCCAAAACCCCGCUGGGAGGGAUCCAUCUCUCGGAAACACGCAAGAAAUUCCUGGAAGGGUCGUUACAUCCUGCCAAUGUGUUGAUGUGCCCCCACACCUGCGUCACCAACCUGCCCAAGCCUCGGGAGGUUCACCACGAUGUUGGGCCAGCAAGUGUAAUGGUGGGGAACCUGGUGCAGGGCAACAGACUGGCCAGUGCCCAGGGCAGAGACAUGGGACUCAUGGAUAAUGAAGAUGGUAUGAGAAGGCAUCCCCAGUUCAUCGCUGACAUCCUCAAGUGGCGAGCCACCACCACAGAGAACCAUGAAAUCCUCACUCUUUUGAAUUCUAAGGGCCAAGUUGCUACCUCCCUUACCUGCGCCCAGUUACACAAGAAGGCGGAACGAGUGGGCUGUUUACUGCUGGAAAAAGGUCACAUUAACACGGGUGACCAUGUGGCACUCAUCUACCCUCCUGGGGUGGACCUUAUAGCAUCGUUCUAUGGUUGUUUGUAUGUUGGAGCUGUGCCAGUCACUAUACGACCUCCUCACCCCCAGAACUUACAGUCUACAGUCAAUACAGUCAGAACUGUGGUUGAUGUGUCCAAGUCUUCAAUUAUAUUGUCCACGCUCACUGUUAUUAAGCUCCUAAAGAGUAAGGAAGAGAAAUUUGACAGUGGAAAAAAGUGGCCACCGAUCUUGGAUACGGAUGACCUGCCAAAGAAACGCCUGCCCUCUAUCUACAAGGCGCCUACGCCGGAGAUGAUUGCCUAUUUGGACUUCAGCGUGUCGACGACAGGCAUGCUGGCGGGCAUUAAGCUGUCACACGGGGCAGCGACCUCUCUGUGUCUUAGCAUGAAGGUGUGUUUGUGUAUGUGUGGACAGUAGUCAUGCAGGGAGGUA